AAGACGCUGUUGCUCCUUCGCUCAUGCCGUACGACGAUCACCAUAACCAAGAAAACAUUUUUCAAUCUUUCCCUAAUGUCGUCUCUUUCGCAUCCCCUCUUCAUACUCCUUCCCACCGCCGUCUCUCCAGUAACUUCACUCAACCCAGGCUCCCGAUCCCCUUCGUUAGACGCCUUUCUUGGGUUUCUCUUCAGGGGAGGCUCGUUAACGCUGAACAAGCCAGCUCCGUCCGAUCUAUUGGAGGCGGCUUUGGCCCUGGAAAAGCCAUUGCUUGGCAGUUGUUCAGCCCCAUUGAAUGGUUUCUUAUAGUUGUCGUCAUUGGCGUCGCGGUUUCUGAGUCCAAAAGCAACCAUCAGAUCGGCCAGCUUAAACAAGCUGUUGAACUUAGGGAUCAAGUGCUUCUAAGCAUGCAACAGAAGCUUGAUGAUCUAUGUAAUCAAGUGAAUCCUGUUAAGGAUCAAUCUGAAACUGAAAAUGACAUGGAUUUGAGAAUGAAUGCUGACUUUGGGAAUGAUAAAAUUAAGUUUGUUAAUUGUGGGUGUUGGCUUUGCGAUGAGCAUCUGGAUUUACUCAGUCGUUUGGACGUACAAACACUCAAUUCUCUAUUGUCUCUUUGAAAUUUAUGAACUCACAAUCACAAUACCCAUUUUUGUAAUACUAAACUAUCCACU